ACUCAGAAGAGGUGACUUUUGAGUCGACUCAAAAGAGGCCCUGUGGCAUGGGUGGGAGAACGACGUGGCAUACAUGGGAGAACGCCGUGGCAUACGUGGGAGAACGGCUGUCGCUGUGGCAUGGCACACAUGCAAAGACGGGCCGCAGGCGUGAGGUCGCCAUCACGCCUCCUCAUUCCCCACCUUAGGGUUACCAGCACCACCCUAAGUUUACCAGGACUAUCCCCCCCCACCAACAAUCUCUCUCGCUUUCCCUCCUUUUAAGUACCCCCACGGACUGCAAGCCUACCUUGUGAGCCCCGAUUUUCCUACCAUUUCCCCUUCCCUUCUCACCCUUCCCUUCUCACCCUUCCCUUCUCACCCUUCCUUUCUCACCCUUCCCUCCUUGUACAUAGCCUGAAAUACCCUGACACUAGUCCCGUUUUGAGUUGACUCGAAACGAAACUUGUAUCCCAAAGAGUCCUGAUGGGGACUGCCCCAUUCCUCCAGAUGAUGGUGACGAGGAGGCGGAGGGGGAGGAGGUGGAGGGGGAGGAGGCGGAGGGCGAGGAGGCGGAGGGGAGGAGGCGGAGGGGGAGAAGGCGGAGGGGAUGGAGGAGGAGAGGAAGGCCACAUCU